AUGACUACUCUUCUGCGCGACGUCCGUCCACUGUUUGAGUUGAAAGGCCGGAACUACAUUAUAACCGGUGGCGGACAAGGAAUUGGGUUCGCGGUAGUCCGCGCAAUUGCUGAAUAUGGGGGAAACCUCGCCGUCCUGGACAUCAGGGACAAGCCGGUUGAUGAGUACAACACGCUCGCAGCGCAAUAUGGCGUGAGAACCAUUUACUUGAAGACGGACGUAUCCAACGAGCAAAGUCUCACCGCCUCGUUUAACAGGGCCGUUGAAUUCCUCGGCUCUGUGCAUGGGGCAUUUACUUCGGCAGGGAUUGCCAUCGACAAGCCUUUUAUCGAGCAGACCUGGGCUGAGGCACAAAGAAUCCAAGACAUCAACGUCCUGGGAACGUUUUUCACAACCCAGCUAGUGGCUAGGCAACUUCUGAAACAGGGAACCUCGGGAAGCAUCGUCCAAGUUGCAUCCAUUACCUCACAUACAGUCCUUCCCAGACACCGCAUGUCUGCUUACAAUGCCUCAAAGGGCGCUGUGAGGAUGCUCACAGAGGCAUUGGGUGUCGAGUUGGCUUCUGAUGGAAUUCGCGUCAACUCGAUUUCUCCCGGAUUCAUUGACUCAGAACAGACUCGGGUUGUGCGGGAUAAAAAAUCCCCGGAGGACUCUGCCAUUAUGGACACUGCCCCUCCGUUGUCUCGAAUUGGGAACUUUAAUGACUUGACUGGGGCUGUGAUUUACCUGUUGAGUGAUGCCUCUGCUUAUACUACCGGGGCGGACAUUGCUAUCACUGGGGGCUUGCACGUUGGAAGAAUCGAGUCGUGA